CAUCUGUCACAUUUGACAACCUACAAAACUUUUUUUUAAAAAACUCUUCUACAAAAAAAUAUUUUUAAAUUUUUAAUUUCACAACUAAAUAAAAAUUUAUAUACAAACUAAACAUCAAAAUGAAAGAUUUAACACCCGCAGAAGCAGCUAAAAAAGCUCCAAAACCAUCAUUUAUUUCAAGAAAUCUAGUUGCCAUUGUUAUGAUUCCGGGAAUAAUUGCCUUUCAUUACGGCUGGUUAAUGUUGCAAGAAAACAAAGCUCUUGUGUCGGAGGAAGAAAAAAUAGAUUUACCUAUCGUCACGGGUGCUAAGUAUUUGUGGCGAAAACUCGAAGGUGGCAAAUCUGCGGAACCCGUAUCAAAAUAAUACCUACCGUACUUUGAUGGUUAGGUAAUCCACUGUCACUGUCUUUCCCCAUAAAAUACACAUGAAUAAAAAAAUAACGUUAAAAAUUGUUGAGAUUGUUUAAAAAAUGGUAUAAUUCAUAUUUUGUUUUGUUAAUGAGAACUUAUUUGUAUAAUGUUUUAAAUGAAUUCAUCAAGAAAGAAUGAUUUUAAAAAUACAUACUUUUUUAACAUAAAUAAGAUAGUACCUUCUUUGUUGAAAGGUGCCGGGUUUGAUUAUA